AUGGAAAGAGCCAGGCGAAGGGGAGGCGGCGGCGGCCGCGGAGGCAAGAAUGUGGGGGGCUCCGGCCUAAGCAAGAGUAGACUCUAUCCCCAGGCCCAGCACUCCCACUACCCCCACUACGCGGCUUCAGCCACCCCUCAUCAGCCUGGGGGCGCAGCCGAAAUCCAGGAGCUGGCCUCCAAACGAGUGGACAUCCAGAAAAAGAGGUUUUACUUAGACGUGAAGCAAAGCUCCCGGGGCCGGUUCCUAAAGAUAGCUGAAGUCUGGAUCGGGAGAGGCCGGCAGGACAAUAUCAGAAAGAGUAAAUUGACCCUCUCCCUGUCGGUGGCAGCGGAGCUGAAGGACUGUCUAGGGGACUUCAUCGAGCAUUACGCCCACCUGGGCCUGAAGGGCCACCGGCAAGAGCAUGGCCACGGCAAAGAGCAAAGCUCCAGGAGGAGACAGAAGCACUCGGCACCCUCUCCACCAGUCUCCGUGGGGUCCGAGGAGCACCCUCACAGUGUCCUCAAAACAGACUACAUAGAGAGGGACAAUAGGAAAUAUUAUCUGGACCUAAAGGAAAAUCAGCGGGGUCGCUUCCUAAGGAUUAGACAAACCAUGAUGCGGGGGACUGGCAUGAUAGGUUAUUUUGGCCACAGUUUGGGCCAAGAACAGACUAUUGUCCUUCCAGCACAAGGAAUGAUUGAGUUUCGUGAUGCCUUGGUUCAGCUCAUUGAAGACUAUGGUGAAGGGGACAUAGAAGAACGAAGAGGGGGAGACGAUGACCCACUUGAACUUCCAGAGGGGACUUCUUUCAGAGUGGACAAUAAAAGGUUCUACUUUGAUGUGGGCUCUAAUAAAUAUGGAAUUUUCCUGAAGGUAAGUGAGGUGAGGCCACCUUACCGUAAUACUAUUACUGUUCCAUUCAAAGCUUGGACAAGGUUUGGGGAGAAUUUUAUCAAGUAUGAAGAAGAGAUGAGGAAAAUAUGCAACAGCCAUAAAGAAAAGAGAAUGGAUGGCAGAAGGGCCAGUGGUGAAGAACAAGAAUGCCUCGACUAG